AUGUCGUGCAUUAGACUAGGAAUUAAUUACGGUACGAAGUUUGGUGUGCGUAGUGUUACGUACCUGCAUACUGGUGCAAGAGUACGCGGUUUAAAGAGAGAUCCUAGUGAAUCGUUGAAGAAUCCAUAUGGGUUACACUUCAAUUCCUUAUUGAAGGACGGUCACGUUGCCACAGUCAGAAAGGCGUUGAACCUGGAAAAGUACGGCGCUGACUUGCCGGACGAGCUUCUUGCCCAAUGUCUAACACACAAGUCGUUUGCACAAGGUGUCAAGCCAUAUAAUCAAAAACUCUCGAUUAUCGGUGGUCACUUUAUCAAAUUUCAGGCAUGUCUAUACUCUGUCAACCAGCCGGUUUCCGACAGCCAAUUACAAAAAGUGGGAGCAGAAUCCAUAACAUCACCGGAAGCUGCCGGGAUAAUGGUGAAUGGACUUAACUUCGGCAUGCUAGGAAAAGGUGAGUCCAAGAUGUUGAUAUCAAAACAAACCAUGGCCGAAUUCAUUCAAAGAAGAGGUGUAGAUAAGUUAGUAUUCUGGAAUAAGAGAGAUUUGGAAAAAAAUCAUAUAUACAACGGUGAGUUUACGGUAUUGCAAACCGUACUAAACGCUGUGGUAGGCGGCAUAUAUCUCCUAAAAGGCCAAGAAAAGGCUGCAGAAUAUGUGACACAUGAACUAUUCAAUGGCAACGAUAACUCACUAACGAAAAUUUCGGAGCAACUACUCUCUAAAAGUGAAUCAACUGAAAAGAAUUUAUGA